AGCUGUACGGUAUCCACGAUGGGCCAAUCAUCAUCCAGCAGCAACACUCCUUCACCCUGCUGUAACAACAGCACAGCAGCAGCACUCGAGACUUCCAGACGAGCUCGCGUGCAAAAAGCUUUUUGUUCGUCACAUACCGGUGACCGGUUAGACGACAAUCCGAUGAAAACCAAGGACUUGACAAGUGUUCAGAAGUGCUGGCGGGACGAUUAUAAAGAGGAGAAGACUUCUGUGGAUGGUCGAGCCCACGAGUCGAAAAAACUGAUUUUAAACUCGAGUUCUUCCGGUAAUCAACAUGCGCCCGAAAACUUCAUUCUUCUGAGUCGAUCGACGGAUUUAGAGAGAUCUGUCUCGGAUUCCCAAGGCGGACAGAAAGGAGUGCGGGAGGAGGAGAACCAUGAGUGUUGCGUCUUGCCGUGGGACAUGGAAAGAGUGUCAGAAGGAGGUACCGUGACUCCAGGCAGAGUUUCGGAGGAAAAUGUGACCCGGAGUCUGAACGCGCCAGACUUUCUUGUAGACUUUAGCUGCUCUUCUCCCUUAGCCGUUCAUAAAAUGACCAAAAGUACGUUAAAAUCUCCCGUGUCGGGUCGGCAGAGUGGAGAAGUGGAGCAACAAGCCACAAGCCCGUGCCCUAGGAUUAUUCCCAAACUAAUAGUGACCCACGAUGAUCUAUGUGGCGGUCAGGACUGUCCUCGCAUUAGUGAUUUGACUCUGAGCACUGGCGGCUUUUCGCUGGAUCUGCAUCCAGAUGAGGACUCGCCCUGCUCGGACAGCGGCUGUGGAGGCUCCCCUGCGCCCUCUCUGUUCCACAGGAAACUGUCCAGCUCUUCCUCUGCUGGAUUAUCAUCUGCCUCGUCCUUUGAGGAGUCUGAAGAUGAUUUUACAGGCAGUGAUAUCGAACCCACCAGUCUGUCCCCCAGUAUGUUCGCAAGUCCCGAUGAACUAACAGGGGCAAAAUCGUGGAGGAAGUUAAAGAGCAUGGUGCACUGCUCUCCGUUUGUGGUUUCCUUUAAGAAACGAUAUCCUUGGGUUCAGCUGGCAGGACACGCAGGAAGUUUCCAGGCAGGAGAGAACGGGAAGCUGUUGAAGAAGUAUUGUGAAUGUGAGCAGCAGUGUCUGGAGAAGCUGAUGAAUGAUGACCUUCGGCCAUUUGUACCCGGUUAUUAUGGUGUGGUUCAGCAGAACGAGCAGGAUUACAACAUAAUGGAUGAUCUGCUCAAAGACUUUGACUCUCCUUCAAUCAUGGACUGCAAAAUGGGAAGCAGGACAUACCUGGAGGAAGAGCUGGUAAAGGCCCGUGAGCGUCCUCGGCUCAGAAAGGACAUGUAUGAGAAAAUGGUGGCUGUUGACCCAACCGCUCCUAGUCCAGAGGAAAGAUCCCAGCAGGCUGUUCUCAAACCUCGAUACAUGCAGUGGAGAGAAACUCUGAGCUCCACUGCCACACUCGGCUUCCGCAUAGAGGGAAUCAAGAAAGCAGAUGGAACAUGCAACACCAGCUUUAAGAAAACCAAACAUGAAGAGCAAGUAAUGAAGGCCUUCGGAGACUUUGUGGAUGGAAACACAAACUUACUGAGGAAUUAUCUUCUUAGGCUGGAAGAGCUGCGCUGCGCUCUGGAAAACUCACACUUCUUCAGGACACAUGAGGUUGUUGGAAGUUCUCUUCUGUUCGUUCAUGAUGCUUCAGGCCUGGCCCGAGUCUGGAUGAUUGAUUUCGGUAAGACCGUUCCACUGCCACCACCCCAAAUCCUGGACCACCGCACACCCUGGGCUGAGGGAAACCGAGAGGACGGCUACCUGUGGGGUCUGGACAACCUCAUUCACAUCUUUACCAACAUGCUGAAGGACGAUGACAGAUUCACAAACACACCGCGGGAAGAAGCAUCACGUGUUGGGCGCUUGUUGAUGGAAGAGUCUUCCUUCUAAUAGGAGGCGCUCAACAGGAUAUCAGUCCCGAGAUUAAAUGCGAACAAAACAUGAGUGGGACAAAAGCGGAGCUCAGUCUGUUGUUGUUCAUUCCUCUGAGACACAUGUGAUUCACAAUAAACACUGAUACUGAGACCAAAUGAACAGCGAUGAGCAACAGAUGACCGCUUUUUCUUUUAAAGGUGCACAGCCAUGACUGUUCUUUUAAGAAUAUUAACUUUAUUUUUCUUUCGACUUCUUUUUUACAUUUUUAUUUGACCUACAGGUAUAUUGAUAACACUAUCAUACUGGAAUGCGCUUUUGGUUUGUUGUUGGUUUUUUGGGGGGAUGUUUUUCUUUUCUGUGGUUAUGUAAAUAGCAAACACUUAUUUAAUUUGUUUUUAGGAUCAUUUAGACUUGUCCUUUGAUUUUACUUUUAUUUCUGUAAUCUAACUAGUACCUCAUUUUGUUAAAGGCAUAGUUCAUCCAUUUUCUUUUAAAUUCUGUCAUCAUUUACUCACCCUUUACUUGCUCCAAACCUGUUUGAAAUCCUUUUUUUGUUGUUGUUUAACACAAAAGAAGAUAUUCUGAAGAAUAUUGAAAACCUGUAACCAUCGACUAUUUGAUUUUUCUUCUAUGGAAGUCAGUGAUUUCACUAUUCUCGAAAAUAUCUUCUGUAAGGUUCAACAGAAUACAGAAACGUAAAUGUUUGGAUCCACCUGAGGUCGAGUAAAUAGUAAUUAAAUAUAGUUUUUGAGGUGUGAACUAACCCUUUAACAGCGGUUUAACUGCCAGACUACAGGCAGAUUGCCGCUUAUCUAUUUUCUUGUGGUUUUCUAAUCUUGAUGAUGCAUGUUGUUUAUAUUUCCAUUACUCAUAUGUCCUGUUGAAUGUUUGCAGACCAAUUCCGCCUUUUAGACCAUUCAGUCUUUAUAGCAGAAUUCGAAUUGCUAUUAGACAUUUAACAGAUUAGCUAGGUAGAUACAUGUAAGCAUUUUUGCACUUCACUAACCCCCUGUAACCAUUCCAUUGUUCAGCUUUGCCAAAAUGGUAUUUACUGAUGAGAAAUAGAUUCAGUAUUUCUUAAAACUUGCCGCAGUUACAAAGAUAGAAGCUAACAUGUUGUUAUAUUCACAUCUUGAUGGAAUAAUUUAAUCUCACGCUGUUUUUAAAGGGAUAGUUCAACCAAAUAUUCCAGUGUGUCCAUUGAACGCAAAAUAGAGAUAUUUUGAAGAAUGUUGAAAAUGUUUUGACUGCUGUAGUAUUUUAUUUUAUCGCACUAUGGAUGUCAAUAGCUUAACAAAUUAAUGUUCAUUUUGGAUGAACUAUCUUUUAGUUAGCAAGUUUGACUAAGCUGUUCAGUUUCUUGUGUGUGUGCAAGAUUAAAAGGCGUUUGGCAGAUUAACCUUCUUAAUCUCUAUCAUCAACUUGAUUAUUUUCUCUCUUUUUUUUUAGAAGAUUUGUGAGGUUUCUAUUGGUAUACAGCAAAAGGAACUACAUUUCUAUGUGAUGGCGCUCAUCAAGAACAAAACUGAGAUGGUUAAACUCUCAAACUUUGAUUGAAAAUGUCAAUAUUUUGCAGAUUAUAAGUGUUAUGGCUACUGAUGUCAGGUUGUUGACAGGAUGCAUUAGUUCUCAAAUUGGCCACUGUGGUCAGCUUACCCAGAAAAAGACCAACAACUUUUUCCGUCAUCACUUCAUGUUUGCUUCAGCCUGUAUCUCUGAAAUAUUUCAUUAUAAAGCCAAGAUAACAUUCUCCUCAAACUCGUGAUAUUAAAGUGAUUACUUCACCUGGGCGAGUUAACGUUAGUUUAUGGAACAUAAUGUUCUGUGUGUGUGCGCAUGUGUGUGUUUAUCUUCAGAGAUUGUAUUUUCUGUCUCGAUGGGACCUGCACACUGUCUGUUGGUGUGUCUGUCAACAUUCCAGCACAUUCCAUCUGUCAGUAUUUCUCCUUCUGACUGUGGAAACACUGAACACAAUGUCUCACACGGCCUCGUUUACAAUUGUGUAAAGUAUUAUGUUUCAUUCACAUUGUUGAAAUGAUUUCCCAAAUACCGUUUGGCAUGUUUUAGAUGACGUUUUAUGUUGGAAUGAGAACUGGAUGGUGUUUUGAGUUGUUUUAGCCCAUUUGAAUACAGAUUGGGACCGUUUAUUUGCAACAGGCACAUUCUGAAGAUUUGUACUCGCAUCAACUUGAUUGAUUGUUGUCUUGAAAGCCAAUACAAUAAACUGGAACUGUUAUUGUUUAAUGUUCUAUA